AUGCCGGGCCACUACCGAACCCGCUCAUCCCAACGCGCCGUCUCGGUCCCCCCCUCUAGCCCUCCACUCAUCCUAAGAGGCUCUCAGUCUGUUCGAGAGAGAACUAGAAAGGCUCCGAUUGCACCUUCUGCAAGAAGACUGCAUAUAUUAGAGUCCAAAGCAGAGACAAGUAAUUCUGCCCAUCUUCAAGCUGCAUUAGCGCUAUGCCAACCACGCCGCUCGUCAGCCCCCUCAGCCCUUGGUCCCGCAAUUGUCCUGCGGAGAAACUCAAUCUCAAAGCCGAGAACCAACGAUGAGGAUGAGGAUAUGCUAGUGAUCCACCGACCAGACAACUUUGAGAUCCCUAAAGACUCGCUCUACACCGCUUUGGAAGCUCGCGCUUUCGACUGGAGACAAGACCCAUUCGAAGACUCUCCAGUCUAUGUCUACGGCCAACGCCCGAACCACAAGAGACAGAAGAGCUCUCUCAGUAGACGAAACGUUCACCUCCGCGCCCCGCAAUUUACUCUCCCGUCUGCAACGCCGAGCCCAGCAGUCUCCGCGACCAACAGCCCGCAACCAAGUCCGCUUACGCGUGCAUUGCAUUUGGGUUCCGAAGAUGUAGAGUUUGAAGUGCCAAUGCCCAACGCGAGCAUACCGCUUGGAUGGCCGGGAACAUCGGGAUUGUUAUCUUCGCCCGCUAUGCUAUCAACGCCGGCGUUCUCCACUCCAGGGCUUAGCCCUUCGGCUUCUAGUGCGGCAGGGUCCCCUUAUCCUGGUCAUGGAGCCGACUAUUUUGCUCCACGCGCCUCUUCUUACCCUCAUACACCUUCCAUACUACAUACCCCCGCUUCUCCGCGGCCUGUACCUGAAUAG